UGGGGGGCUUAUGAAGAGUAUACCGUGGAAGAGCACAAGGCUGUUGUCCGGAAAAUUGACUUGAUCAUUUUGCCAUUCAUGUGCUUUGUCUUCUUCCUUCAGUAUCUGGAUAAGCAGAGUCUGAGCUAUGCUGCUGUAUUCGGUCUUCGGGAGGAUCUCUCCUUGACCAGCUCGCAAUAUUCUUGGUCGAGCUCAAUCUUUUACGUCGGUCAACUGGUUUCAGAGUGGCCAUAUAUUUAUUUGAUGAGUCGGCUCCCACUAACCAAGUUUGUCGGCGCAACUGUAAUUGCCUGGGGUGUUAUAUGCAUGCUCUUAUCUGCUCCUAGCAACUUUGCCGGCUUUGCUACCGUCAGAUUCCUCCUCGGCUUCAGCGAGGGAGCGGUUUCUCCUGCUUUUGUGACCAUCACCAGCAUUUGGUACCGCAAGAAAGAACACACCACCCGGACUGCCCUGUGGAUAACGAUGAAUGGUCUGGCCCAAGUGAUUGGCUGCUUGCUCAUGUACGGCAUCGGCAAGAACUCAUCAAUUUCGAUUGCUCCCUGGCGCGUUCUGUUUAUCAUCUGUGGCGCACUCACCGUCCUGGCGGGUAUUGGCUUUUUUGUUCUAAUGCCGAACGGCCCCAAGGAUGCUUGGUUUCUGACAGCCAGGGAAAAAGAAGUCCUCUCAUUCCGCCUCGCGCAGGAUAGGGAUGGCGGUGACAAGAAAUCGUUCUCCAUGUCACAGCUCCGAGAGGCCCUCUUGGAUCCUAAGGCGUGGCUCGUUUUCUGGUUUGGCGUGCUGGUGACCAUGCAGUCACCGGUCCUAACAUUCGCGUCGCUGGUCAUUGAGUCAAUCGGAUACUCGAGGCUCGAUACUAUGUUAUACACGGCUCCUUCUGGAGCUGUUCAAAUCGCUUUAUUGUGGGUCGGGACCAGUUUGGUGUAUAUGUUUCCGCGCCAGCGAACCUUCGUUGUUCUGGCGUUAAUAAUACCUCCGUUAGUUGGAACUAUAUUCCUGCUGAAGCUCAGUCUGAGUGCUGAGUGGGGGCUCAUUGUGGCUUCUUGGCUGGCUUCAUGCAUCACCGCGUCCAUGUCAGUCCUCCUUUCGCUCGCCGCAUCAAAUGUCAAGGGCAACACGAAGCGAUCUGUCGUCAACACCCUCUUCUUCAUCGGCUAUUGUGCUGGGUGUAUAGGAAGCCCCCAGCUUUGGACUAAGUCACCAAAGUAUACCGAGGGCGUGAUUACCUCUAUCGUGACUUGGUGUCUUCUAUUCGUGGCUGUGGUCAUCUAUCGCGUCCUCUGUUCGCGCGAUAAUGGCCUCCGAGACAAAUCCUCGGAACAUGCAACCGAGGACCGCCUCGGGAGCAACCUCAGGCUUGAUGCGAAUGGAUUGCCUGAAAAGGAUUACACCGACAAAGAGGACCGUGAAUUCCGGUACUCCCUGUAA